AUGGAGACCAUCUCAAUAUUCGGGACAUCGAUUUCGAUGCUACGCCCUUCGAUCCACUGGCAAUUAUUCAAUUCAAAGUGGUUGAGCCCAGGUGAUGCCACCUCGCUCAGCCUAACGACCAGGCGCAUGAGCAAAAGGCAGCCCGAUAUUAUGUUCUCCAAAGUCCCGUCAUCAACUUGUACCUGUUCGAGGGUGAGCGAGCGCAGACGUUUGAACCGCACGCUCUCGACCGGGCUCAGCUUGCAUUGGCACAGGUGUAGUUCUUCGAGGGACUCGGCUAAGAACACUGCCGAGGGCAGGGCGGGUAUCAUCGAGAUCCAUUUGUCGAGAAGGGAGAUGACCGGUCGUGAGACCCUCGAUAAGUGGAGAUGGAGUUGCCAUGGUGGACGAGAGGAAGCUUGGUCACGUCAGAUCGGGAAAACGACAAAGGCCGAAGACGGUGAUGUAGCUGACGCGCCAUGGGUUAUUCCGGCAGAAUAUGGUGAAAUUCUCCAAAAUAAUUUCUGCCCAACUCCUUCCACUUAA